AAAUUUAUCAGUGCUCUGACCACAUUGCUGCUGACGCCUACGCGCACAGAGACACGGGCUCCGCAACCUCUGCCUUGCACGGGGGGGAAAUGCUGAACAAUGGAUGCCCAAGAGAGAGCAGCCCUAGCUAUUUCCACCAGAAACCCUCAAGAAGACUUUGAACUUCUGCUCAGAGUUGGUGGAGGGACCUACGGGGAAGUCUACAAGGCGAAGAACAAAGAGACAGGAAAGCUAACAGCAAUCAAAAUUGUCAAGAUGGAGGCAGAUGACGACUGCACCACCAUUCAGCAAGAGAUCCUCAUGGUGAAGACCUGCAAGCAUCACAACAUAGUCGCCUAUUAUGGGAGCUACAUCCGGUUAAACAAGCUGUGGAUUUGCAUGGAGUUCUGCGCGGGGGGCUCCCUUCAGGACAUUUACCAAGCCACCGGGCCUCUUUCGGAGCUGCAGAUCGCCUACGUUUGCCGGGAAACGUUGCAAGGUCUGUCUUAUCUUCACAACCAAGGGAAAAUCCACAGAGACAUCAAGGGGGCCAACAUUCUCCUCAAUGACCACGGGGAAGUCAAACUGGCGGAUUUUGGGAUCUCAGCACAACUCAGCGCUACCUUUGCCCGGAGAAUGUCUUUCAUCGGCACACCUUACUGGAUGGCCCCGGAGGUGGCAGCGGUAGAGCUCAAAGGCGGGUACAACGAGCUUUGCGACGUGUGGUCUGUGGGGAUCACGGCGAUCGAGCUGGCGGAGCUGGAGCCCCCCUUGUUCGACGUGCACCCGCUGCGGGUCCUGGUCCUCAUGACCAAGAGCGGCUAUCAGCCCCCCAAACUCAAGGAAAAGGCUCGUUGGUCUCCGGCCUUCCACAACUUCGUCAAGGUGACGUUAACCAAGAAUCCCAAGAAGCGGCCCAGCGCCUCCAAGAUGCUGACGCAUCAGCUAGUUGCUCAGCCGGGACUGAGCUGCAGCCUGACCCUUGACCUCCUGGAGAAACUGCGGUAUCCUGACAAGUUCCCCAGCUGUAGAGGAGAGACAGAUGAAGAGGAGCAAGAGCCGCCUCCGCCUCCCGUGCCCCGAAGGAUCCGCUCCAGCCAGCGCCAGGGCGUGACCUCACCUGGAUGCGCCAGUCCAAGGGCCCAUAAUUUCGGUCACACUCUCAGAAACGCAGAGAGUCUGGAAUCCUCGAACUUCACGGAAUUCUCCGCGGAUUCUGGGUGCAGCUUUGGCAGCCACCUCUACAGCGCUGCACCUGGCACCAGGAAGGACCUGAGCGACUCAGACCACGAUUAUGACGACGUGGACAUCCCCAGCAGAAGCCAUCCGAGCAGUGAGACCUCAGCGGCUGAGCCCCCUCCCCCGCUGCCUCCCAAGCCCAAACUCUGGAUCUCCCCGGAUGAGACCGUGGCGGAACGAGUCCCCUUGCGGCGCCCUGCCAAGCCCAUCUUCCGUGGGCGCUGCUCUAGUGGCCCCGUGAUGAGCUGGGCUCCUCAGCAAGCCACGCCGGCGGAGGCCCAGCUCGCCCACCUCACCGCCAGAUCAGUCCCCGAACUGCGACCCGUCCCCCAGAACGAAGAGCCACCCGUCCUUCCACCCAAGCCGGAGAAGAAGCAGAAACCGGCCCGGGCGCUCUUCAGGAAGAUUUUUAACGAGUGCCCCUUGCACGUCACCUCAGUGACUGCGUGGACCCAUCCAAGUACCAACGAGCCACACUUGAUUCUGGGUGCCGAAGAAGGGAUAUUUGCCUUGAAUCGGAGCGAGCUGGAACCCACCCUGGAGCUGCUCUACCACAGCCGCACAACUUGGGUGUACUGUAUCGGGAACGUGCUCAUGUCCCUUUCUGGCAAGUCCCCGCAGCUCUUUUCCCAUAAUUUGCUGGGCCUCUACGAGCAGAGCAAGCGAGAGCAGCGCCCCGGGCUGUCCAUCUCCCCACACAGGCUGCUGCCCAGGAAAAACAUCACCACCAGCAAGAUUCCAGAUACCAAAGGAUGCCAGAAAUGUUGCACAGCAAAAAACACACAGACCGGCUGCCAUUACCUCUGUGGCGCACUGGAGGCAGGGGUCGUGCUGCUGCAGUGGUACGAACCCAUGCAGAAAUUCAUGCUGGUCAAGUAUUUUGACUUCCCACUGCCCUCACCGCUUCCUGUGUUCGAGAUGCUGGUGACCCCUGACGAGGAGUACCCGGCGGUCUGCAUCGGCGUGAGCAAGGGUCCUCCGGGGCAGCCGGUGCAGUUCCAGAUCAUCAACCUCAACUCGCUCACCUCCUGGUUCAUCGAUGACGGCAGUGCAGAACCUGCAUGCUCUGGUCUGGUCCAGGUGACCCAGCUGGACAGCAAGACGGUGCUGGUCCUGAUGGACAGGAGCAUCCAUUUUGUCAGUCUCCAAGGAACGCGGCUCCAGUCACACCCAGAGCUCACGUUUGACGUGGCCGUGGAGUCCGUCGCGGUGGUGCAGAACUGUGUGCAUGCAUUUUGGCGCCAUGGCGUGCAGACGCGGCCCUUUGGUUCAGGACAGGUAGCACGGGAGCUGCAGGAUCAGCGGUGGACCUUCCGCUUACUAGGUGCCUCCAGCACGGUCGUCUUAGAGACUCGCCCCGUGGACGAUCCCAACUCUGCCAGCAAUCUUUACGUGCCAGAAUGACACUCGCCGGACGUUGAACUAAGAGCUCUGCACUCUCCCGUCAUGCCAAAUCCUGUGCCUGGCCCGCGGGGCCGCCUCCAGUCGCAGGCGGUACACAGCUCCAGCGUGGGCACUGAUGCUCCUGAAGCUGGUAAGGGGAAGGCCAGGCUGGGACAGCCGAUUCACAUUUCGUGGGGAGCCUGGCAGUGCGAGCCAUCGGGCUGGCUUCUGGGGCUCCCCGCCAACUGGAACGAGCUCCUCACACCCCCUCUCCCAGUUCUGCGUCUUCCUUGCACACCAGUAAAGAUUAUGUUCAGGGU